AGUCCUCCUCAGAUCAUGAAUGAGAGCUCUGUGGUCCACAUCAACUGCAGCCACGAUGACGACACUUAUCCCAUUAUGCUCUGGUACCAGCAAAGGGAGGACCGCCGGGCUCUGGUCCUCAUUGGGUCCGGCUACGGGAUGGGUGACCGGAAGUACGAGGGUCAGUUUGAAGAGGAGUUCGAGAUGACGAGAAGGGACACGGUGACUGGAGCUCUGGUUGUUCGCAGGGCGAGCCCGUCGUCACACUCUGCUGUCUACUUCUGUGCAGCAGCCGCCAAGGCCGUGACGUUCCAGCAGGCUCGGGACAAAAUAGUCAAUGAGACGGACAGGGCAGUAAUUCAAUGCAGCCACGAUAACGACGACUUCUACGUGAUGCUCUGGUACCAGAAGGGAGGCGACGGGCAGCUGAGCUUGAUGGGACACAGCUACGACCGCAAUGCGCCCGAGUACGAGCCGCAGUUUAAGGAUAAAGUUGUGAUUUCAAGGGAAAACCGACAGACAGGAGCCCUGAUCCUUCGCAGUGUGAAUGUGUCAGACGCAGCUGUGUAUUUCUGCGCUGCCACUUACUUUGGAAGUGGAACCAAACUAACUGUUCUGGAACCAAACCGAACUAUUGAAGAGCCAAAGGUGAAACUUUUCCCGCCCUCUGAAAGAGAAUGUCAAAACAAACGCAAAAAGAAAAACAAAAAGACCUUGGUGUGUUUGGCCUUCGGUUUCUACCCAGACCAUGUCACCAUGUCCUGGCAGAUCAACGGGCAUGACGUCACAAACGGCGUGGCGACCGAACCCUCUGCCCGGCGCCAUGGUGACUAUUACAACAUCACAAGCCUUCUGAUGAUCCCGCUUGCACAUUGGUAUUCGCCCGGCACGAAUUUCACCUGCAUUGUUAACUUCUUCAACGGGGAGAAGAUUGUUCCCUAUCCCAAACACGUCAUAGGCGUUGACGGACCGGGAGCUCAACAAGUACGAGAAAAGUACAUGAGCAUCACGCAAAAUGCCAAGCUGUCCUACGUGGUGUUGAUCUUCAAGAGCUGCGUCUACGGGCUCUCCGUGGCGAUCUUGGGCUGGAUGAUUCAGGGUUCGCUUGGAAAACAGAACGACUGAGACGUGAGCUGAACACCUGCGCAGAUUCUCGUGGUUUGUGUGUUUUUAAGCGCGUUGCUUUCAAAUUUAAACAUGUGUCACUUAAAAGCUCCUCAAAAGUAUGAAUAGUCUUGUUGAUGCAUAACUAUGCUGCCUGUCUGUGCUUUAUGCUGAAUGAACAAUAAAACUGAUCCAGAAGAGAUGAAUGGCUCUGGUUA